AUGCAUCUAAACCAGACCUCCCUACCUCGAGAACGGAGCCUGGAGCUGCCGCAAGGGAUUAUGGAAGGCGUGGAUUCCUUGCGUGAAGAGAGCAUUUCACCUGCUAAGGGCGGGAGAAUCUUGGAGACCACCUCCCGGAUAGGCGGGGCAACGGCUAGGAGCGACCAAUCACCGAGCCAGCCCUUGGAAGGUCUGAAAAGCGGCGAAUCAGAACGCAGCAGCUUCAGCCUUCACGGGAGUUCAGUUAAGAAGAUGUCAGCUUUUACUCCAAGAAAAAGGAAGCAGCAUUCUUCGAACUAUGACAACCUAUUAUCAGACAUUCCAUCAAAGAAAUUAAUUUUGGACUUUGCUGAAAAUAUAUUUUCAUCACCUGAUCAAAAUUACAUUUGCCAAAGCAGUGAUAGAAAUGAAGAAAAUGUACAUUGCUCUCAACAGGGCCAUUUCCUUUCAAGUCCACUCAAAACAACUAAAAAAAACAGACUUCCACCUGCAAAUCAAGGUUCACCAUUUAAAUCUGCUGUGUCUACUGUAUCCUUUUACAACAAAAAUAAGUGGUACCUCAACCCAUUAGAGAGAAAACUGAUAAACGAGAAUAGGUCCAUUUGUCUAAAAACUAAUAAUGAAGACAAAUCUUUUCCCGUGGUGACAGAAAAAAUGCAGGGAAAACCAGUCUGCUCCAAGAGGUCGAAUAAAAAACCGCAAAAGAGUUUAACUUCUAAAUAUCAACCAAAGUAUAAAUGCAUCAAACCUCUAUCAAAGAAUUCUAAAAAUUCCAAGCAAAAUCGAGUGGCCUAUAAGCCCAUUGUAGAGAAAGAGAAUAAUUAUUAUUCAGCUCAAAAUAAUCUGAAUGCUCCUCGGGUUCUAAGCCAAAAAGUCAAACCACAAGUUACACUCCAGGGUGGAGCGGCAUUUUUUGUUAGUAGAAAGAAGCCCGGUCUUAGAAAAUCGACUCUGGAAAACAAGCCAUUACUGGGAGUCACACAAAAGAAUAUAUCAGAAGUGAUCGAAGAUUCUGAUUUAGAGACUGUCAGUAAAAGAAAAACUUUUGAGACAAGGCAAGUGCCAAAGUGCUUGUUACUAGAAAAAGAACCAAGCGUCGAGCUGCUUCAUGAAAGAAGUAAAAAUGAAGAGAAAUCAAUAAAGGAUUCAUUAGGUGGAGUAGUUUCUUUACGAGAAUGUAUGCCUAAUGAAAAUAAGUGUUUUCCUUCAGAGGAUUCUCUCAGUGAAAACAAGGCGGUUUCUCCUGAGUCCAUUGUCUAUCCCAUCUUCAGUGUGUCUUCGGUCAAUACAAAAAGAUCUUUAGUUGAAGAACAGUCUUCUGUGGGAUCCGUCAUAUCUGCUAACUUCUUGAAACAGAUCAAUACGCAGAAAAGUACUAAUACCAGAGAUACAAAUAAAGAAACAAAAGAGCAGCUCAUCAUUGACGCAGGUCAGAAACACUUUGGAGCAACCAUGUGUAAGUCUUGCGGUAUGAUCUAUACUGCCUCCAGUCCUGAAGAUGAACUACAGCAUGUUCAGCAUCACUACAGAUUUCUGGAGGGCAUCAAAUACACAGGCUGGAAAAAAGAACGCGUAGUAGCAGAGUUUUGGGAUGGGAAAAUUGUGUUGGUCCUGCCACAUGAUCCAAGUUAUGCUCUCAGAAAGGUAGAGGACGUCCAAGAACUUGUUGAUAAUGAAUUGGGCUUCCACCAAGCUGUUCCCAGAUGUCCAAACAAAACUAAGACUUUUCUCUUCAUAUCUGAUGAAAAGAGAGUAGUUGGGUGUUUAAUUGCAGAGCCCAUCAAACAGGCCUUCCGUGUCCUUUCUGAACCAACUGGUCCAGAAUCCCCAAGCUCUAAAGAAUGUCACCGGGCUUGGCAAUGUUCAGAUGUACCAGAACCUGCAGUCUGUGGAAUAAGUAGAAUCUGGGUCUUCAGACUAAAACGAAGAAAGCGCAUUGCACGACGAUUGGUAGAUACUGUCAGGAAUUGCUUCAUGUUUGGCUGUUUUCUCAAGAUUGACGAAAUAGCAUUUUCUGACCCAACACCAGAUGGCAAGUUAUUUGCAACCAAAUACUGCAACACCCCUAAUUUCCUUGUAUACAAUUUUAAUAGUUGA